CCUGGAUCUCGAGACCAAAGUACCUCUAGUUGGAAAUCGACGACAAUUUGAGGAUCCACACCUUCAUAAUCAACACCGAUAUCGACGGGUUCCAGACCCAACUGUAGGAAAUUGCGGUGACCAUGUUCUCCGAAGACGAUCCGUGGGUGCUGGAAGUUUGGCGUCUGCGAGAACAACAGUGCGUCGGGUGCCCGACGCCAAACGAGCAGCUGGCGGGGAGUGGCAGCGGUUGCGAGGCGCCAAAACUGAGGCGGAAUCAGUGGCCGGAAUUGGAAUUGCAAUUGUGGAGUAAUAAUCCCAGCGGGAUUGUACACGUCCUCGACCCAUCAAAGCGGCGGCGAAUCUCUUCGCCGAUUUCUUCGUUGUGAACUAGGUGUCGUCGAAUUUCAGGACCGGGUAAGAUCUCCAUAGAUUGGCCCAUCUUUGGGACAGGACGCUAGUUUUUGCAACUUCUUUUGAGGGUUCUAUGCGAGUGAGGAACUUAUGGAGGACGUCUUCGGGUAAAUCCGAUAUCCGGUAGACCUCGCCGGUCGGGAUUUGGUUAGUUUCUCCAUAGCCAUUGGUCUCCAGGCGGCGGCGCUUCUCCGGAGUUUAGGGACGUGUGGGUGGAAGAACAGAGACGAAGAAACAAAUGAUGGUUUCUUAAUUCAAUCCUAUUAGUUUUUGGGUUCUUAAUUCAACAACCUAGGUCAGCCAAAUUGAUCAUCAUUGAUUUCAAAUAUUUUGAGCUGAAGGGGGUGGAUCACUUUGUGGUGAAGUAUACGAGAGGCGACGUGCCGGUGAAGCAGCAGUUGUCCGCCGACAAGUGCAGCAAGGAUUAAAUUUUAUUGUUUAUUUAUUUUAUGGUAAAAAUGAGUAGGACAUUAAAAUAGAUUAAAUUUU